UAAAGUAUCUGUUAAAAAAACAACUGAUUUUGGUUUUUUAAAUGUGACAUUAUUUUAUUGAGGCCUAUCUCUUAAUUGUAAUCUACGCUUUUGGCUUCAUUGCUUUAAUUUAUCGUUUUCUCAAAGUAAUCCUCAGUACCUGAAGUCAAUAGCUUCGACUAACUCGGAAUGGCUUUGUCAAAGGGUACCUCUCAUUAUAAUAGACAAGUUUGGGAAGAUUCUUCUUUUCCUAUUCUCUGUGAAACUUGCUAUGGAGAUAAUCCUUAUUUAAGAAUGAUGAAGGACCAGUUUGGGUCCGAAUGUAAAAUUUGUAAUCGUCCAUUUACUACAUUCAGGUGGUGUCCUGGUGCUAAAAUGCGAUACAAAAAGACUGAGGUCUGUCAGACCUGUGCUAGAGCAAAAAAUGUCUGCCAAACAUGCUUACUAGAUUUGAAUUUUGGUUUACCUGUUCAAGUGAGAGAUAAUGUUUUGAACAUUGCUCAAGAAAUUCCACAGAAUGAGGUAAACAGGGAGUAUUUCAAUCAAAAUUUGGAUAAAGCUGUUAAAGAAUCAGACCCUAGUGAGCCAUGGGGCCCUCAUAAAGCUCAGCCACCCAGUGAUGUUUUGGCAAAACUUGCUCGUAACUCUCCGUAUUACAAAAGGAAUCGACCACAUAUCUGCUCGUUCUGGGUCAAAGGAGAAUGUAAAAGAGGUGCUGAAUGUCCAUAUAGACACGAGAAACCUUCCGAUCCUGAAGAUCCUUUGUCAGAUCAAAACAUCAAAGAUCGUUAUUAUGGUAAAAAUGAUCCAGUUGCCGAAAAACUUUUGAAAAGAGUUUCUGAGAUGCCCAAACCUCACCCUCCUGAGGACAAAUCUAUUACAACAGUUUACAUUGGCAAUGUUGGCGAAAUCAUAAACGAGAAAAAUUUACGAGAUCACUUUUAUCAAUUCGGCGAGAUACGUAAUGUUUCUAUUGUGAGAAAACAAAACUGUGCAUUUGUUACUUAUGUUACUAGGGAAGCAACUGAACAGGCUAUCGAAAAAUCUUUUGGGAAAUUAAUUAUCAAUGGACAAAAGCUUGUGAUUCGAUGGGGCAAGGCUCAGGCAAAGAGAGGGACCGUUGGUGAUGGUGAAUCGGAAAAAUCAAAAGUAAAACUGGCUCCUGUUCCGGGCUUACCUGUUGGUUCCCCUGAUUAUGCUCUCUCUGCUCCAUCUACUUCAACAGCUAUACCUCAAUUACCUGGUCCUAUGAUUCAUUAUCCAUCUCAGGAUCCAGAUCAAAUGGGCUCUCAUGCAUUGAAAUAGCUUAAUGAUCUAGCUAACUUGUAAAUGUAUUCAAUUAAUAGCAAUGAAAAACUCAUCUUUCAUCCUAAUUCGAUUCAAUUUCUUACCUGUAUUUUUGGCAUCAUGAAAUUUAUUGUUUCAUCAAUCAACGUUGCCUAUUAUAUCGCAUAACCUAAUGUGUAAAUAAAAAGUUACAUUAUCAUGUUCUCAUGAGCUCCCCUAGUCAUGGAACUUGUAUGAUGUUAUACAACUACUGUA